UGGUAAGGAAAGGGAGGGGAAUGCAGUAAUGCAGCAGAGAGGCAGAGGUAACAACCGAAGAUCGAGGAGUUUCUCUAGAUCCAGGAUUGCUAUUGAAGGCGCUUAGCCAUCUCACACUCACACUUUCUUCCUUCUCUUCCACAAUUCACAAUACAAUGGCUUCAGGUAAUGUUUUCGACGAGCGUGGCAUUCAGAAAUCCUACUGGGUUCAGCAUUCCGCCGAUUUGUCUGUCGAGGCAAUGAUGCUCGAUUCCAAUGCAGCUAAUCUCGACAAGGAAGAGAGACCCGAGGUACUUUCCCUAUUACCGGCAUAUGAAGGAAAAUCGGUAGUAGAGCUUGGAGCAGGUAUCGGAAGGUUUACUGGUGAAUUGGCUCACAAAGCUGCUCAGUUGCUUGCUGUGGACUUCAUUGAUAGUGCAAUCAAGAAGAAUGAAAGCAUCAAUGGACACCACAAGAAUGUCAAAUUUUUGUGUGCUGAUGUCACAUCUCCAAAUUUGCAUGUUUCUGAAGGAUCUGUUGAUGUGAUUUUCUCCAAUUGGUUACUUAUGUAUCUUUCAGAUAAUGAGGUUGAAAAUUUAGCUGAAAGGAUGAUCAAAUGGUUAAAAGAUGAUGGAUAUAUAUUUUUCAGAGAAUCUUGUUUCCACCAAUCUGGGGAUUCAAAGAGGAAAUACAACCCUACUCACUACAGGGAACCCAGAUUUUACACCAAGGUAUUUAAAGAGUGCCACAUGACUGAUGAUACUGGGAAUUCCUAUGAAUUUUCUCUUGUGGGCUGUAAGUGCAUUGGAGCUUAUGUUCGAAAUAAGAAGAACCAAAACCAGAUUUGCUGGAUAUGGCAGAAAGUUAGGUCACAUGAUGAUAGGGGUUUCCAGCGGUUCUUGGAUAGGGUUGAAUACAGCCACAAGAGUAUUUUACGAUAUGAGCAAAUGUAUGGCCAUGGCUUUGUGAGCACCGGUGGACUUGAAACGACAAAGGAAUUUGUGGCAAAGCUGGAACUAAAGUCUGGUCAGAAAGUUCUGGAUGUUGGUUGUGGUGUUGGGGGAGGUGAUUUCUACAUGGCUGAAAAUUUUGGUGUUGAGGUUGUUGGCAUUGACCUCUCCAUAAAUAUGAUUUCUCUUGCUAUUGAACGUGCUAUUGGACUGAAAUACGCUGUUGAAUUUGAUUGCGCGGAUUGCUAUAAAAAAACAUAUCCUGAGAAUACAUUUGAUGUAAUCUACUCUCGGGACACAAUGCUACAUGUUGAAGAUAAACCAACAUUAUUCAGAUCAUUUUACAAGUGGUUGAAGCCUGGAGGAAAAAUUCUAAUUACAGAUUACUGCAAAAGUGCGGGAAGUCCAUCUUCAGAAUUUGCUGAGUACAUUAAAAAAGGAGGAUAUUAUCUCCAUGAAAUGAAUGCUUAUAGGCAGAUGCUCGAGGAUGCUGGAUUUGAUGAUGUCAUUGCUGAGGAUCGAACUGAUCAGUUCGUGAAAGCACUAGAGCAGGAGUUAGAAGCCCUUGAGAACAAGAAGGACGAUUUUAUUAGCGACUUCAGUCAGGAAGACUACGAUGAAAUUGCUGAAAGAUGGAAGGCAAAGCAGACCAGGGGUGCAUCUAGAGAGCAGAUGUGGGGCUUGUUUAUUGCUAAGAAAAAAUGACAUGCUUUAUUGCUAUCACAAGCCUUGUUCUAGCUAUAUUUAGUUCCUGUGUGAUGGGGUUUUUUCCAUAUAAUAAUUAUUAUUAUCUAUUUGUCUGCUAUCUUAGUUUAAAUCUCAUAGCUUUCGAAUUAGGAUGGUGAACUGCGGAGAAAAUAAUGUUCUUCGGUUUGAAUAGCAAUGCCAACUUUGGCAUUGGCUUCCAUAGUAAAAAUAAUUUUUAUGUCUUAUUUUUGGUUUGACAAUUGGUAAGGUUGCCAUUAUGAAUGUUACCCUCAUUUGGACUUCGAGUGGAAAACACUUCGUCCCAAUUUUAUUUUCCUCCAUCUUGUUAGAGAACUAAUUAAAAAUAUUC